AUGCCGCCCGUGGUGAAGCCGGAAGCGGUACUAAAACGCUCUGAGGAGCUGAUCAAUGUGGGACAGGCAUCAGCUGCAUUGCAAGCGCUGCAUGAGUUUACAUUCUCACGGCGCUUCAAGCAGGGCCCGUCCUCAUCCCUAGAGCCACUGAUGGAGCGGUUCAUGGAGUUGUGUGUGGACCAGCGCCGAGGUCGUGCAGCGAAAGAUGCACUUAUGCAGUACAAAAAUGCAUUCCAAAACACGGAUCCACAGUCGAUCCGGAAUGUAACGCGACACUUUUUGAAGCACGCAGAUGCCAAGGUUGCCGAGGCACGAAGUCGUGCUGACGCAGCGAACGAAGAACUGGAUGUCGACGACCUCGAGGAAAGUGAAACGCCAGAAAGUAUUUUGCUCGGCAGUGUAUCGCAGGAUCAGGAGCGCGACCGCACGGAUCGCACGCUCGUGACGCCAUGGCUCAAGUUCCUGUGGGAAGCAUACCGCACGGCGCUUGAUAUUCUGAAGAAUAACACACGCUUGGAGAUGGCGUACCAGCAGAUUGCUGAUCAAGCACUGCACUUCUGUCUGCAGCACCAGCGGAAGACUGAAUUCCGCCGCCUGUGUGAAGUGCUUCGCCAGCAUCUGCAGAGUGUGGCGCGAUCCGCGCACCACACGAAUGCCAUUGACUUCUCUGAUCCUGAUACACUGCAGCGCCACCUUGACACGCGCUUUACGCAGCUGAAUAGUGCCGUGGAACUCGAACUGUGGCAGGAAGCCUUCCGCAGUGUCGAGGACGUGCACAACCUGCUGACGCUUGCGAAGAAAGCACCUAAGCCUGCGAUGAUGGCCAACUACUACGAGAAGCUUACGCGCAUCUUCCUGGUGAGUGACAACCAUUUGUUCCAUGCUGCGGCCUGGAACAGGUACUACGCGCUUGCCCGCAUGCAGCCGCACUCGGACGAAGAGAACUCACGUAUGGCAUCGUUUGUCCUGUUGAGUGCAUUGGCUGUGCCGGUUAUUACAUCAAGUGCGCCAGGCACAGGCAACGUGAACAAGGGCCGCACUGACUUCCUGCAGUCCGACUCGGAGACGCGGCAGCGGACGGGCCGGCUCAAUGCACUCCUUGGGCUCACUAAGACGCCUGCGCGUGCAGGCCUGCUGCGUGAGGCGCUUAACUGCAAUGUUCUACGGCGUGUGCGUCCGGAACUGCGUCAGUUGUACUACAUGCUCGAAGUGCAGUUCCAUCCCCUGUCGAUUUGCGCAAAGAUUGAGCCUAUCCUGAACCAGAUAGCACAGGACCCAGACAUGGCGACGUACGUCAAGCCGUUGCACUCGGUUGUCUUGACGCGCUUGUUCCAGCAACUGAGCCAGGUAUAUGACUCGGUAAAGCUGGAUCAAGUAAUGCAACUUGUGUCGGCAUUCAAGGCCCCUUAUUCAUACACGGCAGCCGACAUUGAAAAGUUCUGCAUGCACGCGUGCAAGCGUGGCCAUGUAAGUCUUCGAAUCGACCAUGUUUCGCGCGCCAUCACAUUCCAAGACGAUGUGUUUGCAGCGGACGUGCACCCUGCGCUAGCGAGUGCCGUUGAGACCGACUCGGUCCGCCUGCAGGCCACACCUUCAGAGCUUGUGCGGACGCAACUUGCGCGCCUGGCCGAGAGCCUCGACACGACGCUGCGAGUCGUCGACAAGAAGAGCAUUGAGGAAGCUCAAGCCGCACGCACAGCGGCGAUCCAGCGGGCUCUGGCUUCAGCUGACGAUGAGCACCGUGCGGUGCUGGAGCGCAAGUCUAUGAUGGAGAGGCGCAAGGAGCUGAUGCGUGACAUGACCCGGCGCAAAGAGGAAGAGGAAGCGCACAUGCGUGCUGAGCGUGUGCGUAUGCAAGCAGAGGCUGAGCAGCGGCGCUUUGCAGAAGAGGCCCGUCGUCGUGAGCUCGAGCAUGUGCGAAAGGAGAUGGAAGCGGCGAAGCUCGAGGAGGCUCGCAAGCUGGCGCAGUCGCUCAAGGAGCGCGGUGGGCUCAAGCUAUCAGAAGAGGAGUUUGCUUCGCUCGAUACGGAGAAGCUUGUGCAGCUGCAAGUUGAGCAGAUUGAGAAAGAGAAGAAGGAACUCAAUGACCGUCUUCGAACUGUGCAGCGCCGCAUGGACCAUAUUGAGCGUGCGUACCGCCGAGAAGAGCGCCCACUGCUUGCUGCGGACUAUGAGCGACAGAUGGCGAUGGAUCGCGACAACCACAAGCUUGCGCAUGAGGCACGCGUCGCUGCUGCCCGCGAGCGUCAUCAGACGGACUUGGCUAUGAAGGCGACGCUUGCCUCUGUGAUGCCAGACUACGAUAUGCUUCGCGCAAAGGUGUUAGACAAGCGUCGCGCGGCGUUCAAAGAGCGUCGUGCUGAGGCUGAUAAACUGAUCGAGCAGGAGAAGGAACAGCGACGCGCGAGGAUUGUGCGCGAACGCGAAGAAGCCGUGCGCCGAGCAAAGGAAGAAGAGGAACUUGCACGCAAACGUGAGGAGGAAGACAAGGCGCGUCUGGAGCGCCAGCGCGCAGAUGCUGAGCGUGAAGCGCAGCUGGACGCACAGAAGCGUGCGGAAAUCGAGGAGCGGCAGGCACAGCUCCGACGUCAGUCAGAAAUGCAAGCCGCCCAGGAAGCGCGUGCACAGGAACGAAUCCACGACCGCGUGCCAACGUACAUGGAAAGCGGCAGCAGUGGCAUUCGUACUGGUGCUGCGCCGCCGCCUCCCAUGGCGGCAUCGCGUGCCGAGAGCGCCAGUACGUGGCGCCGUGGUCCUCCGUCUGCGUCGUCUGCUGGCGCCGCGGAUCCCAUGUUUGCAAACCGGCGCUAUCGGCCAGGUGACCUCUCCCGCCAGGCUGCAGCUUCGGGUCGCACGCCCAUGUCGAUGGGCCAGCAGCCGCCAACAGAACCAUCGCCAGCGGCUCCAGGUGCCUCGUCGCCAUUUUCACGCUCAGGUGCAAGUGCCGCUGGCCCUGGUGGUCGCGGAUCUGGUCGGUACAUCCCUGGCGCUUUCUCUCGAAUGCGCCAAAGUGGCGUUGGCAGUGGCCCAGCGCCUGGAGGAGGAGCUGCUCCGCCGCCAUCAGCCCCGACACAACAGCAGCAAAAGCCCGACGAUGACGGAUUUACCACUGUCAAGCCACGCACUGGUGCGUAUCGCCCACCAGGAGCCCGUUGA